AUGGGUGGCAGGCAGAGCAUUAACCUCUGCGUGCACAUACUUGGCCCACAUGAAGCCGGUGCUGGAUGGCAGCCCCGGCAGAGGGAUGCGGGCGCUGCCGGGACCCGCGCGACCGGUGGCCGUCCCCAUCGACCCUGGCAGAGGUCACAGAGUUCACAGCACUCGGUCACGCACCUGCCCCAGCUCCCUUUCCACCCGUCCUGCCCCACGGCGCCCUGCGGGGGCCCGCAGAGAGGCGCGGGGCAGGGCCGGGAGCCUCAGCGCGCGGCCACGGUGCCAGCCGGGGACCCCCGAGCGCCACCCGAGGCCGCCGCAGCGCCGCCCGCAGCGCAGAACAAUGCGCGGCCGCCCCGCCACUCACCUCUCACGUGGCCGUGCAGGCUGCCCGCCGGGGCCCCGACUGCCCGGGGCAUUGUGGGAUCGCUACUCCGGGAUGCCCGCCACGGGAAAGGAAACUGGCCGGGUCCGGGUCACGGGAGCAUGGCUAGCGCCCCGACUCGUCGGGCUGCGUUGAGAGACUGUGGCAUGUCGCCGUGCAGCCUCUUAUCGCCGCGCGCCGGUUUCGCCGCUGCGCGGCCCCUCCCCGCGCCAGCCCCGCCAGGAAGGCGCGCGGACGCGCCGAGCUCCCACGCGCAGCCCCGGCCCCCGCCCGCCCGCUCGCCCGCUCGCCCGGGCCCGCGCCGCUCACCGCCGCUCCAGCUCCUGGGACUCCGCGCCCAGUCUGCGAGGCCCGCAAGGUUAGACGGAAGGUUAGAGUCAGCGGCCCGGCCUGCAGCGGCAGAAGAACCGCACCGCCUGGAACCUGGAAGGCGAAGGGCGGGAAAGAAGCUGCACGGGUGUUGGUGGGUAUCUUUCUCAGCAAUCAACGCUCAGUUUUGGAGUUCUGCGAGAAAACUGAUCGUCACCCAAACACAAACACAGGCCACCUUCCCGCCUCGUCGGCAAAUAAAACUUGCAGUUUAAAGGCUCCCUUACUUCCAACUCUGCAGGGUGGUGUACAGAAAGCAAGCAGAGCUUCCUCUUUUAAAAUAAAAUAACAUCUUAGGCUAUGCAGAGGUACUCCCACGCAAACAAGCCCUGGGCAACUGCCCGCCCGAGCAAAUGAAACACCAGCCCCUAUUUCACUAGGUGCUAUCCUGUAACUUGGCUUUGAAUGAAAAGAAUUAUGAGUGCCUAAGAAGAGAUAAAGUUUGAACAUCUGUGGACGGGAUUUCCGGUGAAUUUCAGGAAUUCUGAUCACUUCGUCAGGGAUGAUUUUUGACUAAAAGACGUUUGUUUCAUGGUUUGAACAUACGUGGAGAUUCGGUGAGCGAAGGCAAACUGUAGUUGGAUUUCUCCCUACGUGUUUGUGUUGAGAGGGUGAGGCAUACUUUCCUAGGCGGAAUAAAAAAAAAAAAAUGUCCAGGUCCAGAAGGUGUUAACUCAAGUACUUUGCAAAGGUACCAGUAACAGACUAAGCUCUUGAUCCUCUGCUGGUUCAUGAAACACCGACUUAAUGCUGCUUACUGGUCCCUUCCUGAAAUAACUAAUUAACUAUUACCACUUCUCAAUGUUAAUUAUUAAAAGUACCCAAGUCCCCAACAAUGGAAACAAAGUAGAAUGAAACUAACAUUUUCUCAGAGAAUGGAGACAGGGAGUUUCUAACUGACAAUUAGUAACCACUAAUCGCCUGGGGACUUUCUCUCGCAUUCAUUCCAGCAAAGGGGUGGAAUGUGAACUAUGGCAGAAGUGUUAAUUAAGUCUAGGUAGGAUGGAGAGCCCUGACUUCCUGACAACACAGGCUACCUUUGCACCUGCUGCUACAUUAGAGCCUCCUUGUCUCCCUGCUCAGACAGUCCAGGGAACUGCCAGGACCUAAUCCUGUUUGAAGUAUUCAUUUAAAGUUGUGCUCAGACCAUUUCCGAGUUAGAGAUUUGAUGAUUUUAUCCCCCAUGUGCUAGAAAAUUUGCCCUUUGCAAUUGAACCGAGUGAAAAACAGGACUUUGAACCCAUGUAUAGUACACGAGGGGAAACUAUCAACUCCAGAGCUGCCAGACCGGGAACUGCUAGAAACGAAUGGAGGAUUGAAACAGACUCAAAUUUUCUGCUCCAACACAUAUAACAAAAAGAAACAGAAGAAAGGCCCUUGAAUGUUAGAAACAAUAGAAUGUUCUAGUAAAGAGCAAAUCAAAGGAAAAUGUUAUUUUUCAGAGAUAAAGAGAAAAAGAAUGCUGUGACAAGGCAAGCAAGCCAAUCUAAACCUCAGACAGGAGCCAAAAUAAAUUCAGACCUGAAACAAUGUUGCCAUCAAGUAAGCCUAACCUGUUACUAUUUAAAAUUUUGAAACACUGGGGGUGGGAGAGAUAUCCAAUCAUAUGUUAAAAUUUGAAAGCAUGUUGUCUUCAAGAACAAUAGUUAUGUUUCAAAUUGUGGAAACUAGUUAAAAAAAAUCAUUAUAUAGUAAUAAAAAGCUAAUAGCUACCCCA